CUUUGCGACGAUUAUUUAUUAAACGUCGCGAAAUUUGGUAAAAAAAUAAAUUCCGGCUCGUUUUACGACGAUUUUUAUUGAUUCGUCGCAUGAUUAUAAUAAUAUUUAAAAAUAAAAAAAUAAUUACUGCGACGAAAAGUUAAUUUUCGUCGCAUUAUGCAUUGGUUUAUAUAUUAUAGCAAUUAAUUGCGACGAAUGUGUGAAAAGUCGUCGCACAGGAGUUGACACAAUUUACUCGGUUCUCUAUUGCGACGAAUUAGUUAAUGGGAUUCGUCGCAAUAGUUAAAUGUAUUUUUAUUUUGAAGUACUAUUAAACGUCGCAAUUGACUGAGUAUUCACAUAAGUAACCAACAAUAGUCUAUCAAAGGCCCAAUUCGCCGGCAAUUUCUCAAGAGAAAAAUCAAAAUCUUCGAUGGGUGACAACAGUGGAACCACCUCCUCCGCCAAUCGCCCCGCCGCUGCUACCUCCGCCGACGAAGAUCUGCUGCUCAAGAAUUUUUUCGCCGAAGUCAGCGAGGUUGAGCGCGAUAACGAAGUCAACAGGAUCCUUUCAUGCUUCAAGUUAAAUGCUUUUGAAUAUCUUAACCUACCAUUUGAUUCAUCUGUAGAUGAAGUGAAAAGGCAAUACCGUAAGCUAUCUUUGCUUGUCCAUCCUGAUAAGUGUAAACAUCCCCAAUCUAAGGAGGCAUUUGGAGCCAUCGCCCCUUUGUCCUUCUCCCUGCGGAACUAUCUCUUCGUGAAUUCUCUUUUCCCCCUGAUUCUCUCUACAAGAUCUCUGAGUUGGUGUAACAGAUCUGCGUUUUAAGCUCCAAGGAAAGUAUUGAUCAAGCUAACCAAGUGCGAAGGGAUUUGCGUGAGAAGCUCUUUGGCACGGAUGGAAAGAGUUUAUAAUGAUCAAGUGUAUAACUUCAGCAAAGCUUUCAACUCCUUGAACGAGCAUUUGAGACGACAAAGUCGUGUAUUUCUCCACAGCAAACUACUUCUAAUGAACAAUGAAGAAAGUAUGGACCAAUUUUUAUUUUUUUUAUUGUUUUAUUUUUUUGCUACAAUAUUUUUUUUAAGUUUAAGUGUAGUUUCGAAUUUGUAGUGUAUUUCACUUAAUUUUAUGAUUUUAAUGUGAUGGAAUAAAUUUGAAUGUGAUGUGUUCUUUGACCUAAUAGU